UUCUGAAACGAAGCCCUGACAUUACCAAAUCGCCACCGACAAAGUCAGAGCAGCUUCUGCGGAUAGAUGAUCAUGAUUUCAGCAUGAGGCCCGGCUUCGGAGGCCCGGCCAUUCCUGUUGGAGUGGAUGUGCAGGUAGAAAGCUUGGACAGCAUCUCAGAGGUAGAUAUGGACUUCACCAUGACCCUAUACCUAAGGCACUAUUGGAAGGACGAGAGGCUGUCCUUCCCAAGCACCAACAACCUCAGCAUGACGUUUGAUGGCCGGCUGGUGAAGAGGAUCUGGGUCCCCGACAUGUUUUUCGUGCACUCCAAGCGCUCCUUCAUCCACGACACGACCACGGACAAUGUGAUGCUGCGGGUCCAGCCCGACGGGAAAGUGCUUUACAGCCUCAGGGUUACAGUGACCGCCAUGUGCAAUAUGGACUUCAGCCGAUUUCCCCUGGACACACAGACGUGCUCUCUUGAAAUUGAAAGCUAUGCCUAUACUGAAGAUGACCUGAUGCUGUACUGGAAAAAGGGCAAUGAAUCCUUAAAGACAGAUGAGAGGAUCUCGCUCUCCCAGUUCCUCAUCCAGGAAUUCCACACCACCACUAAGCUGGCCUUCUACAGCAGCACAGGCUGGUACAACCGUCUGUACAUUAACUUCACGUUGCGUCGCCACAUCUUCUUUUUCUUGCUCCAAACUUAUUUUCCGGCUACCCUGAUGGUGAUGCUGUCCUGGGUGUCCUUCUGGAUCGACCGCAGAGCUGUGCCUGCCAGAGUCCCCUUAGGAAUCACCACGGUGCUGACCAUGUCCACCAUCAUCACGGGCGUGAACGCCUCCAUGCCGCGCGUCUCCUACGUCAAGGCCGUGGACGUCUACCUCUGGGUGAGCUUCGUGUUCGUGUUCCUGUCGGUGCUGGAGUACGCGGCCGUCAACUACCUGACCACGGGCCAGGAGCGGCAGGAGCGGCGGCUGCGGGAGCAGCUUCCCUGCACCUGCGGGUCACCUCAGCCCCGCGCCGUCCUGCUGGACAGCAGCUAUGGCGACGUGGAGGUGACCGACCUGGGCAACUACGUGCCAGACACCGGCGAGAAGCCAGACAGGGUGAUGGUGCAGCUCGCCCUGGCCUCGGAGAGGAGCUCCCCGCAGAGGAAAAGUCGGAGGAACAGCUACAUGAGCAUGAGGAUCGACACCCACGCCAUUGACAAAUACUCCAGGAUCAUUUUUCCAGCAGCCUACAUUUUAUUCAAUUUAAUAUACUGGUCGAUUUUCUCCUAGAUGCCUGUAGUUCUGUAAAUUUCAUAUUCUUUUGUGUGUACUACAGGAAUAUCUGUAUGAUAAAAAGUAAGGUUAUGGGGGAAAAAAGUUCCCAGGACCUACCCUUGUCCAGCUUUCCAAAACUACCUUGACAAGACACUUCUCGGUUU